AUGACGCUCAUGUCUGAUCUUCCUUGGGAUUUGGUAAAGGAGAUACUUUCUAGGACUUCUAUAACUUCUCUCAGAGCGAUUGGAUCCACUUGCAAACGAUGGAACACUCUAUCCAAAGAUGAGAGCUUCACAAAGAAGCACCUUGGUAAAGCAACCAAAGAGUUUCUGAUGAACAUGACUUGUGAAAAUGAUUAUGAAUCUGAUCUGGUUUCACCUACGAGAUUCAAUCUCCAAAACAUCAAAGAUUUGCCAUCAUCUCUAAAGAAGAUAGGUAAUAAUAAUAUGCUUUGCCCAGUCCAGAUACUUAGUAUCUAUAGUUGUGACGGCUUAUUGUUAUUAGUCACUGCUGAUAACUUGGGGCUGGACCAGCUGGUGGUAUGGAACCCGUAUUUGGGUCAAACCAGAUGGAUCGAAACCAAAAUCCUUCAGUAUGGACGGUAUGCUAUAGGACGGUAUGCUAUAGGAUAUGAUAACAAGAAGAACCACAAAGUCUUGAAGGUGUUCUUUUGGUCUGAUAUAAAGCCCCAAAUCUACGAUCUUAACUCUAAUUCGUGGAGGGUUCUUGGUAUCACUUGUAAGUGUUACUCUUCGUUAGAAAAAGGCAGAGGCGCAUCCCUGAAGGGAAAUACUUACUUUGUUGCAGAGAAUGAGAAAAAAAUAUUCUGUUUUGAUUUUACAACGGAAAGAUUUGGACCUUGUUUGCAUCUGCCCUUUGAUUUUGUUGGUACGGAUGUGACUUUAUCUUGUGUUAGAGAAGAGCAACUUGCGGUAUUUGCUCAUAGCUGCGUGACAGGUACAUAUAAGAUGGAGAUAUGGAUUACAACUAAGAUUGAUCCCAAUGCAGUGUCGUGGAGCAAAUUCUUUAAAGUUGAAGUUCAAAUUGAUGGUUAUUAUAAUCUUUUUCUAUACCAGUUUGAAGUUCAAAGUUUUUUCAUUGACAAGGAGAAGAAAAUAGCAGUGGUUAGUGGUAUAGACGACUGUGACAUUUUGGGCUACGACAAAUCUAUCGUGGUGGGAAAGGAUGGGUACUUCGAAAAAACGAAUCUCGGAUAUGUGUUCUCUUAUGUCCCAAGUUCGGUGCAGAUCCAGUAA